UGACAGGCGAAGCGACCCGAACAUCCUAAGCGCAAGUCAACCUAAAGUACUGGCGUGGUUUCAAAAUAUCAUUAUCAACGCAAACUUAUCUACUCUGGAGCAACCUAUCUCUGACCAUAAGCCAAUCUGUUUUAACAUGAAUCUUGUAAAACCACUCAAAGCACGUAAAACUAUGGUCUCUAGAAGACUCAAGAGCCUCGUUAUUAACAAGCUUAAUGAUGCUAUACGCCACUCGGGGUUGUUGGAUGAAGAAUCUGGCCUUAACUCUCUUUUACAAAUGUAUGAUGCAACUUUAUUGGGUGCUCUUGACAAGUUGGCGUCCUUGAAAUCAAGAACUAUUACUCUGCAUCCUAACGCACCCUGGUACACUGAUGAAAUUGCUGCCGAGAAGAGACUACGGAGAAGGCUUGAGAACAAAUGGCGACCAUCUAAACUUGAAUCUGACAAAGCGAAAUUCUUGUCUCAAUGUGAUAUUGUAAAUCAACUGUUACAUCGAACGAAGGAGGCCUACUAUUCUACCUUUAUUGAAGAAAACUCCCAUGACCCUACUUUACUUUUUAGAUCUGUUAACAAUCUGCUUAAUAAAAAUCCCAAUAAGAUUUACCCGGCUGCUGAAAACAAUGUCGAACUUGCAAAUGCUUUUGCUGACUUCUUUCAAUCAAAAGUCGACGGCAUCCGGCGUAAGAUUGCUGACGGGAGGCGCUUAAAUAACGAACAAUUUGAGCCCUGUUCUGCUGAGGAAUCAUGUUGUUCAUCAUUUGUUCCUCUUGCUGAUGUUGAAGUCAUUGAUCUCAUUAAACACAGUACAAUUAAGUCAUGCUGA